CACUUUAUCACUCCAAGCUAUCAACAACACCACUUCUUUACGUCUACACCAAACCUCAAAAUGUCCGCCAGCGACGCAACCGCCAAGAUCUUCUUCUCCUCUCCCAAGUUCGCCGUAGUCGGCGCCAGCACUAACACGGAGAAGUUCGGUUACAAAGUCUUCAAAUGGUACGCAGACCGUGAUCUCCCCGCCACGCCCAUCAACCCUCAAGGCGCCACCCUCACCGUCAACGGGCAACCCUACCCAGCCAUCAAGUCCCUUUCGGAGCUCGAGGACCCCAAGGAAACUUCGGUUUCUAUCAUUACUGGUCCCGCCAUCACGCUCAAGACGCUCCAGGAGGCCAAGGAGCUCGGCGUGCCUGCUGUCUGGCUCCAGCCGGGAACUUUCAAUGAUGAGGUGUUGGCAUAUGCGAAUGAGAAUUUCCAGGCGGUCGUGGCUGGGAAGGGAGGCUGGGGAGGGGAGGGGUGGUGUGUGUUGGUUGAUGGGGAGAGAAGUCUGGCUGCUGCUAGGUUGUAGAUAGAUGUCAGGCCUCUUUGUAGAGAGGUAACCUAAGGGAGGUUGAAGGGCUGAAAGGUGGGUGAUGAGGUUAUGAUGGUCUUUUUCUGUUAGUUUUCGUGUCUGAUGAUGGGGCUUGGGGCUCGGUAAACAUAUGUACAAUGCAGCAUUGAUUUGUUUGCUUGUCGAG